GAUGUUGUCUUCAGACGGUUGUCUCAUCGUUCGGGCGGGCUCCCACCUCCUCGCCGUCGAGUCGACCACACUUUAGUCAUGGCAUGUCUCAGGCCAGGCAUGACGCGUCCCAGUGUAUUCCGAGGAGGCGCCAGAGACCUGCUCAGUACUUAAGGGGCUGCAGCUUCCUGAGUACUUCAGCAAUCUCCCCACUCGUGUAUAGAGUAAGUUCUCAACAUGUCUCUCGAGAAGAAAUCCAUGCCAUACGUCCGGCUCGGGAAGUCCGGCCUCAAGGUGUCGAAAAUCAUCCUAGGAUGCAUGUCCUACGGUAACAAAGGCUGGAGCGAGUGGGUCAUCGACGAACAGGAGGAGGUAACCAAGCACAUCAAAUAUGCCUAUGACCACGGCAUUCAGACAUUUGAUACGGCAAAUGUAUACUCCAAUGGCCUCUCGGAGGUCAUGCUUGGCAAGGCCAUCAAGGAACUGCAGCUUCCCCGCGAGGAGCUCGUUAUCCUCACCAAGGUCUUUUGGCCAGUUGCGCCCGCCUACGAUGUGCUGCUCUACGGCAAGGACCCACAAGAUUUUGGGAUCAUUAAUCAACACGGGCUGAAUCGCAAGCACAUCUUUGACUCGGUGAAGAAGAGCCUCGAGCGCCUGCAGGUCGACUACAUUGAUGUCCUUCAGUGCCAUCGGUUUGAUUAUGACACGCCGAUCGAGGAGACGAUGCAAGCCCUCCACGACAUUGUGCAAGCCGGCUACGUCCGGUACAUCGGCAUGAGCUCUUGUCAUGCCUAUCAGUUCCAUGCUAUGCAGAACUACGCCAUUCAGAACAAGCUCACGCCUUUCAUCUCGAUGCAGAACCACCACAGCCUCAUUUACCGCGAGGAGGAGCGAGAGAUGCUCCCCACGCUCAAGAUAUUCGGGGUCGGCGCGAUUCCCUGGUCGCCACUCGGCCGCGGCGUCCUCACCCGCCCGCUGUCGGUGCAGACGAAGCGCGGCGAAACCGACGGCUGGGCGGGGCCGUAUAAAGAGUGGGCGGGCACGUCCGACAUCGUCAAUCGGGUCGAGGAAAUCUCGAAGAAGAAGGGGGUCAGUAUGGCUCAGGUCGCGCUCGCGUGGAGCUUCUCCAAGGACGGUGUCACCGCACCAAUUGUGGGGACGACGAGCCUGAAGAACCUCGAGGACCUCAUUGGCGCGGUAAACAUCGAGUUGACACCGGACGAGAUCAAGUACCUCGAGGAACCGUACAAGCCACUUGAAAUCUUUGGACAUUCUUGAAUGUCCUUUUCGCUGCGGUGAGCCCGGGUCCAGAAUGCUUGCCUCGAUUUGUGACAUAUGUACAGGAGGCGAUGAAAUGUUACGAUACUAGUU